GCUAAGGUCUUCCGGGAGCCCAGACCGAGCCCGCUGGCGUGUUUAAUCGGAGCCAGACAACAAAAAAGUUGGUUUUGAGUGCUGCUGAUGCUGCGUUUCGCUUCGGAAACCGUCGGGACGUGUGUGUCAGUGUUCGGCUGCUAAAGCCGCCACACAUGUCAAUUAUCUUCGCUGUCUGGUAGCUUCUUCGGCUAUCAUCCUGAGAAAUGAGCCGGCAGGCUAACUGCUAAGCCAUCGGCGGUCCGUUGCUGACACUGUGCAGUUGUUGCCAUCAUCCACGGAUCCACGCUGACUCUCCCUUUCAGUUUCUGCUCAGCAUCCAUAUUUGCAUCCCAGGGAGUGGCAACCACUAAUCCCCCUUUUCCUGGUAAGAAAAUUGAAAGUUGGCCGGUUGUCGGACACCCCCUCGGACGCCCUCAUUUCGCACAGAAAGCUAAACAUGGAGAGCGACAGCCACCACUCCCACAUCUAGUGCCUGAUCCACAAGCCUUCAUCACCCAGGGAGGAGCGCUCAGGUCCUGGCUGUCUCCCCGCUACUCUAGAAUGAAUAUGCUCAAGUCCAGUGGCCUGAAAAUCCCUGGCCGGGGGCCCAAGCAUUCCAGCCCAGUGGGAAGGACCUCAGCGGGAGGAACUUCCAGCCCUGUCGUCCCUAAAGACAACUGUCCCCUCAAGCCCACCACACCAACUAAAAUCUCUGAAGAGGGUGACGAUGUUUUGGGGGAUUACACAGUGGGUGAACAGGUCUGGGUCAACGGCGUCAAACCAGGAGUUAUCGCCUACCUGGGGGAGACCCAGUUUGCUCCGGGACAGUGGGCAGGCGUGAUACUGAAUGACCUAGUUGGCAAAAAUGACGGUUCAGUGGGUGGAGUGCGCUACUUUGAGUGCCAGCCCCUCCAGGGCAUCUUCACGCGACCCUCGAAGCUCACCCGACAGCCGGUCGGAGAGGGAAGCGACAGCCACUCCACCGACUCCAUCUCUGCCCAGAAUCAGACUCAGCAGGGCAGCGGCGCCCCCCCCGGCCAGCGGGUGGUGGUGCCGCUCAGAGAGGGCCUGCUCAACAGCGCCGUGAAAACGGGCAACGAGUCGGGGUCCAACAUGUCUGACAGCGGUUCGGUUAAGAAAGGUGGCGAUAAGGAUCUUCGAGUUGGAGAUCGAGUUUUGGUUGGAGGCUCUAAGAUGGGAGUCAUACGCUACAUGGGAGAGACAGACUUCGCUAAGGGUGAAUGGUGUGGGGUUGAGCUGGAUGAGCCCCUGGGGAAGAAUGAUGGUGCAGUGGCUGGUACAAGAUACUUUCAGUGUCUUCCCAAGUUUGGCCUCUUUGCUCCGAUCCACAAGGUGAUCCGCAUCGGCUUCCCCUCCACCAGCCCGGCCAAGGCCAAGAAGAGCAAGCGGGUGGCCAUGGGGGUGUCCUCUCUGGCCCACAGCCCCAGCAGCUCCUCCAUCAGUUCAGUCAGCUCGGUGGCCUCCUCCGUGGGUGGACGACCGAGCCGAGCUGGACUGCUGACGGAGACGUCGUCACGCUACGCCCGUAAGAUCUCCGGCACCACCGCGCUCCAGGAGGCCCUGAAGGAGAAGCAGCAGCACAUCGAGCAGCUGCUGGUCGAGAGGGACCUGGAGCGGGCCGAGAUGGCCAAGGCCACCAGCCACAUCUGCGAGGUGGAGAAGGAGCUGAGCAUCCUCAAGACGCAGCACGUGCAGUAUGUAACAGAGAAUGAGAGCGCCCUCCAACAGGUCAAAGCCCUGCUGGCCAGCACACAGAAGGAUAAACUGGAACUGGCCAAUCAGCUUGAAGAGGAGAAAAGGAAAGUGGAGGACCUCCAGUUCAGAGUGGAGGAGGAAUCCAUCACCAAAGGAGACCUGGAGGGAAGAUGCACUCAUGAUGCAGCAUCCUUGAGGUUGGGUAAGAGAACCAAGCAAACCACAGUUGAGGAGAAGAGUCGCAUCAUGCAGCUAGAGGAGGAGCUCAGCCUCCGGAGAGCCGAUAUCGAGAACCUCCAGGCUAAGCUCAGAGGAUCUGACACGAGCUCGCAGCAAGCCGACGUCGGCGAGGCUGCUCCGGGGUCCAGCGCCCAGCCGGAGACCCUCCCCCUGCGCGAGCACUACAAGGAGAGCAGCGAGCAGAAAGAGAGGUACGAGACGGCGUUAGCAGCGAGCCAGCAGGAGGUAGACUCGCUGAAGGUGGUGGUGGAUAAUAAGAACCAGGAGAUCAGUGAGAUGAAGCAGAAGCUCCAACAGGCCACCAAGGAAAACAUGGAAAUGAUGGACAGCUGGAAGGCUAAAUUUGACACUUUAGUGAGUGACCACCAGCGUUCCCUGGAGGAGCUGAAGGCCACAUUGAGCAGUGCUCAUGCAGCUCCAGCCGGCCAGGAGCAGGACGCCCAGGAGCUGAGAGCCUCUCUGGAGGGCCUGAAGAUGGAGCACCAGCUGGAGAUGGAGAAUCUCAAGGCCAAACAUAAGAUCGAAGCCGCCAUUCUAACCAAGGAACGUGAAGACCUGUGCUCUCGUCUUCAGGAGGCCAAAGACCAGCUGGCUGAUGGCAACCAGGCCUGGAGGACUGAGGUAGAGGCUAAGAGCAGCAAGCAGGCCCUGGAGGAGGCCGCUGAUAAGCUACAGAAGGCGGAGCAGAGGCUGGUAGAGAUGGAGAAGCGUCAGAUGGAGCAGGACAAAAGCACAGGGGAGCUGCGAGAGAGACUGGAGCUGUCAGAGAAGAAGAUGACCGACUACCAGGCCCUGCAGAAGGCCCAGGCGGAGAGCCAAGAGGAGAUCCAGAAACUGGAAGAGAAGCUGAGGGUGACAGCGAACCAGCUCCAGGCCAUCCAGGCAGACCGCUACACGUCCCACGAUGCAAAUGUGAUAGAGGAUAAUGAAAUUUCAGAAGAGAAGAUGAAGCUAAAGCAGAAUAUUGAAGAAACAAUGGAGAAGUUGUUGAAAAGGGAAAAGGAGGUCUCGACUCUCACGUCCCAGGUCGAAGCCCUCAAAUCCCAGAUGGGAGCACUGGAGGGCAAAGUUCGCUCAGGGGAAAAGAAAGCCGAGGCCCUGGCCAAGGAGAAGAUGCGUGUGGAGGCAGAGCUGGAGUCCAUGACCAAGAAGUCCCACGAUGCCUCUGGGCAGCUGGUCCACAUCAGCCAGGAGCUGCUGAAGAAAGAGAGGAGUCUGAAUGAGCUGAGGGUGUUGCUCCUGGAGUCACAUCGCCAUUCACGGGACAUGGAGAAAGACCUGAACCGGGAAGUGCACAAGGCCGAGUGGAAGGUGAAGGAGCAGAAACUUCAGGAUGACAUCAAGACCCUGCGCGAAAAACUGCUUCUACUGGGUCGGGAACGGUCCUCACCUGACCACCGGCGGUACUCCAUGCUGGACCCCUCCGCCCUGGACUCAGAGGUGAGCCGCCUCCGCCAGCGGCUGCUCAGCACUGAGGACGCCCUGAGGAACGCCUUGGAACACAACCAGCAGGUCGACCAGCUGGUCCAGGCCAUGCGCAGGCGUCCAGAUAAAAGCCCGGCGCAUGGUGCAAAUUCAGCCAAUGGAAUUCAUCAUCAGGAGUCAGACAGUCCUCAAGAUGUUGGAACAACACUGAUAUGAGCAGAAGAGAUAAGACUGAACUGGCGACGUGCAGAGGUACUUCUUAAAGAAAAGCUCGUCCGACAUUUCUCCUGAUCCUGCGACGGACGCCUGAAGAACAUUUCAGUUUACAGUUAAUACCAAAACAGCGAAUCUCUAUCUUGAGUGAAUUUAUGUGUUUGUUGCAGAAAGCACCUAUUAGCCAAUCAUGAAGACCGCUUAAAGUACUAUAAAAUAUAAGCAGGAAACGGGACACGGACACGAAGAGAUAUUAUCGGUACAGCUCCUGAGAACAUACAGUACGGCAACUUUUUGAUGCUUUACAUUAGUUAGAAAGCUUGAACCUGCAAGUUGCCGGGAACUCUGUGACAAUUCUGAAUUUUGAUCCGGAAGGCAAAAGGGCUGAUGGACAAUAUGCGAAGAAGUGAAGAACUGGGUCUCAGUUGCUUUCUUUGUUUUAUUUAUUACUUUCACUUUGCUCCUCAGCUUUGUAAUAAUCCUCUAUGGAUGAGCUGUCUUGGCCAGUGAUACUCAGAGCAACUCUUCAAGGAUGACACUGACUAUUUUUUUUAGGGAUUUGGCUCAUUUGUCACCUUAAUUGCUACCUGAUGAGAGAAUUGGAGUACACUCACUCACUCUACAGUUAGCUCUGAGCAGUGCUCACGCCCCUGCUUCGGUGUACAAUAUGAUGAGUAAUUGCGGGUGACUGGCGUUAUUGGAAGUAUUAAAAAGGAUCUUUAACGUAAUACUCACAAAUCUGUCUUUUUAAUAUAAAACACUAACACAGGCUUGCAAAGUAGCUGUAAAAAGGUUUUUGCUUCAUUCUUCUUGGUUGUGAUUGUGUUGAAUCCAUUUGUGUUAUAAUUAAUUCCAAUGGUGGCCAGUUUUUAGGUUGGAAAAUUUUUAAACCGUCCACAAAACUUUCUAAACCACCUCCCACAACGUAAUUAUUUCUCUUCUCUCCAUCCAUGUGCUGAGUCUGUUCAAACACUAAAAUACAGCAACAUACACUGCUUCUGUUUCAAACCUCUGUUGAUACUGAAAAAGACAGAGUUAAGCAGGCCAAAUUUCUUUGUUUGGUCUUUAUCAUUUGUGAAAUCAGUUGCGAAACCCUGCGCUUUCUGACUGUCAUCAUGAUCAAGUUACAGUACUCCUGAAGUAUCCUAAAUACACAUUUUUUACUCAUUUCAAGGUUGGAUUUGAGUCGUUAUAUCCAUAAUCUCUAAAAUUUGCAUUCAAAUGUACGUUAAGUCACUGUCUAUCACCACAUGAGGUAACACAAUGAUGACUGAGCCUGUGGCCCACUAAUUAAAGUAUUGCAGUAUUUAUGUAUUUGCAGUAUUGCAAACUGGGUGUCUGUGGCGACAUUCCCAGAAAAAAAAGCUGUGUUAAGUUUCUGCUAAUGCAAACCGAACAUUUCCUGUUGCUGCAGCUUCACAUUAAAAGCAUUUGACUGGUGAAAUACGAGUUGAUUAUUAUUAUGAAGCAGUCACAGGAAAUGCAAAUCAGCUCGGACUCACAUCUUCACGAUUGCCACUUUAAGUUAUACACUGUAGAGUCGUUCUGAGGCUCAGUGUUAGUGGCACCGGCCAUCAGCAUCUUGGCAGUGCCUGACUCCACCAAACUCACGGCUAAUCCAAAAAUGGGAGGUGGAGCGUGGGUGGAGCUGAGGCUAGUGGCUAGCUGUCACUUAACGUGGCCAUGCCCAUAAUUAUGCAUAACGUUAAGCCUUAAUAUAACUUCGAUGACCACACAGUCGUCAUGAAUGGGGCAAUUGGCUACAGAGACCAAAAGCGUUUUUUGUACCGGGCUCUAAACAUGUUUAUUUCUGCUGUACAGUUGGGCACUUUAAUAUGGCGGUCUAUGGGGAUUGACUUGCUUUUGCAGCCAGCCUCAAGUGGCCAUUGGAGGAACUGCAGUUUUGGGCACUUCCAUGUUGGCGUCAUUUUUCAGCCCCUGUUGACGCUCGCUUUAAGUAAACAAUCUACAAAGUGUUAAUGUAAGAAAAAAAGAUGGAGAAGGUGGAGGCACAACACAGAGUAGUCUGUUAUUCCCUCUGGAUAAUUUCCAUUUAUCAAAGAAAACAUUCCAGGAAUCGUGCGUUUUGUUUCCUUUGUGUAUAUGUUCUACAUAUUUAACCCUUAGUAAACUUAACUGUUAACACAAUCUAAAUCAUCAGCACUGUUUCCAUGGUCCCCUUCAGUCUAAUCAGGCUAAACCAUCAUGAGAAGCAUUGUAGAAUAGCCAUUAAUCUGUUGGAUUACAACAAAUCAGACAGUUAUUUCUGCACCAGUGACAAAGCAACUGCUUAGCAUAUUGUUUUCUAAAUCAUCCACUAGGAGAUCUGUUACAAGAGUGACACGGAUGAUUUCAACCACCAAUCCUCUCUUCAGGUGUUGGGUAAGGGGGCUAUUGGGCCAGUCUCCUAAACGGUAGUCCCUUUUAACCAUUGCACAUCAGUGGACUCCCUUCUUGGACUCAAGGUUAAUGUUAACCUGGCAGGCCUGCUGAAUUCUGCUCUGAGCUAUGUUACGUUUAUGGGAUGAAUAUAGUGAAUUAUUGACUGACCUAGCACCAACACACCUCUUACUCUGUCAGUACUCGUCAUUUAUUUACUGUGGACUAUGUAUCAGUGCAGACUCCAUCCAUACAGUAGUAUUAAUUAAUUACAUAAGGUACAACAUAGCAGCCCGAUUUGAUGCCCAUUUGGAUGCUGUAUCGAGAUGUCCUCGAUUGCUUUACUGACCUUUGUUCAGUACUGAAGGGCUGUCACAGGAGCUAAAACCCAAACAUUGGAUGUAAGAUGUUACACUUGCCCAAGAUGAAAACAUCUGGAUUUAAUUUGCAAAGUGUUAUCAACACGUAUAGAAUUUAUAAUGUAAGUCUUCCAAAUAUUGUUUAAUCCAUUUGUCAACUAAACUCGGAGAUCCUCUUUGCAGUUGGUUAUAAGUUGCUUUUGCUUUAGAGGAGAAAUUUCUCAGAGGUGAGUGGUGUGGAAAUGUUGGGGUCGUGUCUCCUGAGCAAAACAUGGAAGACAUGCACUGGUCAUCUUAGAUAAACCGAAAUUUUCCAGUGGUUAUUGUACAUGGAUUUUUCAGCUGGAGGGCUCGUACCCUUUGGAUUAUUGCUGCAAUGGUUUCGGA